UAAGGAUAGGAAAUAGGGGAAUAAUGGAAAAUUUUAAAGAAAUCGAUGAAGUAGAAAGCUGUGACUUAUUUGAUGAAGCUCCAACCUCGAGAAUUAAGAGUGUAAAAGUUAAAUCUCCCAGAAAUCCUUUAACAUCAAAUAAAGGAAACAUCAAGCCAUCCAAUUACGAAAACUUUAUUGCUGAAAUACAUGAGCUUUUCAAGAAGAAACCAGCGAAGCCAGCUAAAAGUUUGAACUGUCCUCAAGAUUAUAUUGGCUUAAAGGAAAUUAAGAAAGAAUUAGAAGAUGAAAGAGAGCUAGUGACUGUAUCAAGAAGAAGAAUGAGAGCUAAUAGAAAAGCCACCAAACUCUAUAGUGUUGCCCCUUUCAGAGGAAAGUUUAGAGCAAGUCAUAUAAAUGACCUCAAUUCUCCAGAUAUAAUAGCUCUUAUCACAAGGACUAACAGAGAGAAAGCUCAUAGUGGGAGAUGUCUGAAUCAGAAGAACGACCCUAAGAUUACCGAAAAAUAAUUCAUAUUAAAUCAAGGACUUAGUCUACACUUGAAGAUGAUAUGGCAAUAUUAAUUCCUAUCAAUUUAUUUUAAGAAAAUUUACC